GCUGUUACAACAACAAACCCAAUUCAUUCGACGCUUUCGAGAUCGCCAAAAACUCACCUCAACUCAUCACUCCUCGUCUUCUUUCUCAUAACCCACACUCAGUCUGGAUUUCCAUUUCCCCUCACCUGCAUCACAUGUCCAGGCUAUCAUGAAGUGAACCAUCUAGACAUAUCAAGCUCAAGCGAUCUUAGCUUAGUUACACAUCCCCUGCUAAGCAACCCGAGACAGGCCUCACAACAUUCAUCAUUAUGGCGUCGCUUCAAGUUAGAGGACCGGAUGUUUCGGUCACAAAGCAAAAAGCGAUUGAAGAUGCAAAGAAAAUGCAAAAAGUGGUUGCCGAGCAAUGCUCGAAAGUCGGAAAGGAUCCUCCACAGUAUCGGCUUUCAGAGCUCAUCGGCAAAGGCAGUUUUGGUCGCGUCUACAAGGCCACCUCUCUAACAACGAAUCAGCUGGUUGCUGUCAAAAUCAUUGACAUUGAAGAGAGUGACACAGUCAACCCCAAGCUCGCCGAUACAUAUAGCGACUUGCUCAAGGAAAUUAGUGCCCUGCAACUGCUCAGUAACAGUGGCGCCAAGAACAUCAAUCAUGUUAUCGAUGCUCUUCCUGUCGGGCAGUCCAUGUGGAUGAUCACAGAAUACUGCGCUGGAGGCAGCGUGGCUACUCUUAUGAAACCAACCUCACCAGGCGGCCUUCAGGAAAAAUGGAUUAUUCCCAUUUUGCGCGAAGUGGCUGAAGCUGUCUACUGGGUUCACGGCCAGGGUAUCAUUCACAGAGACAUCAAGUGUGCCAAUAUCCUAGUCACAGAGGAGGGAAACGUUCAGCUUUGUGAUUUUGGAGUUGCUGGUGUAAUCGAAACCAAAUUCGACAAGCGCUCAACAGUCAUUGGUACACCCCAUUGGAUGGCCCCCGAACUAUUCGACCCUGCGGCUUCUUAUGGUACUGAGGUGGAUAUAUGGGCUUUUGGCGCCAUGGUCUAUGAAAUCGCAUCGGGUCUACCUCCAAGCGUGGCUGCAGGCAUGAUGGACUUCAACAGAUUAGGCUCAUACCUCAAGCAACAUAUCCCUCGACUUGAAGGCGACCGAUAUUCCCAGGGGUUGAAAGACCUCGUGGCGUAUUGCUUGGUUGAUGAUCCUAAGAAACGCCCACCAAUUGAACAAAUUCAGAGACACCGAUACAUAUACAACACCCAGGAUGCCUAUCCUGCCUCGGGCUUGGCACACUUGGUUAGAGGCUACAAGUUGUGGGAGGCUCAAGGUGGUGUUCGCAAGUCUCUCUUCUCCGCAGGAGGAGCCCAGGGACCAUCUGAUCUCGCUAACCUGGCCUUGGACAAUGACGAGUGGAACUUCAGUACAACCGCCGCGUUCGAUCAACAGGUGCUCCAAACUGGCGACGCUCAAGCUGUGUUUGAUGUUUACGGCUCCAACGUCGACUUCAAGCAAGAUGAAUUCGACGAUGCUUCCAGAACCCAAAAGCCAAAAUCACGUCGACGUCCGCCACCUCACCUUCCUUCCGUCAAGGCACCGCUGGAAAAGCUUUUUGAUCCUAACACGAUAUCGAACUACGAGGACAACUCACGAGCAUAUUAUGGUCGUCCGUUUCCUCCGCCUACUGCUGAUUUCACCCCUCCACCCCCCCUCCUGCUGAGAGAAUCCCUGAUUGACCUCGACAUGUCCUUAGAUGGUAGCAACCUCUCCGAAUUUGUCGACCUGAACACAAUCAGAGCUGGAGACCCUAGAGCAUCUACCGACUAUGAUUUUGGCGAUGUCUCCUAUAAUAAGCCGCCGCUUAGUGAUCCGGCAGAUAUGAUGAACAAUAACCGCAGAACACGAGAUUGGAAAUUUCCCUCGAUGGCCCCUCCCGCCUCAGCAAAUCCCGAAAUGUUCAGAUUUCCGUUCAACGAUGACCAAGGGCCAAGUACCAGCCGUCUGAUCCACCCUCCGACAGAGCCAAUCCAGCCUUCAGCGCAGUUCAAUGACCUUGCGGUUCCUUCCCCAGUCAAUAACCGAGCGUCGUCAGGCAGUCUCAUUGAUUUGGACAUGGGUCUAGCUGAUCCCAUUCCUAUGAGCGACUAUACCAGGCCAUCCACAUCACAUUCGGAUGUGGGAUCCUUGGCUGGCUCAGAAUUAGGAGGUGCCGAUCCUUUCCAGCUGGAAAAGCACGCCUCUCUUUAUGCUAUGCCCAAUAGUAUACGAGAGCCCUCCAUCUAUGUAUCUGAUGAUUCCGAGUUUGCAAAUGCGAUUGCGGACCUUUCGCUCAAUAACACUCAGCGACAUGAUCCUCAAAUGUCCUACCAGCAGACUCAAGUACCCCUAUAUCAACCACAGGGACAAUCCCAACCUCCCCAGGCCAAUGCGAACACCCCGAGUGAAAGACCUUACUCCCUCAGCGAGUUCGCCGAUACCGAUCCUGAAUCUUUCACUCCACAAACACUUGUCGCCCCUGAACUUCAACCUCCUCCACUCCAGCCUCAACUCGACCGGUCACCAGUUCGGGAUGACUACCCCCGGUCUUAUCAACAACAACAAUCAUUUCUCCCGCCUGCCCCCACUGCACCCUCACCCCAGGUUAUGGAAGGCCAGGCCUCGUCAGAACAUGUCAAGGAGGAGCUUCGACGCAUGGCCAUGAGCCUGAGUGACCAUCUCAGCCACGCGAAUACAUACUUGUCAGGUCUUCCACUUCGAAGAGUGAGCACAACACGAAUGGAGUCUGUUGAGACCCCUUGAAGACAUUCACGCAUGCAUAUGGGAAUCAAUAAUAUAACACCAUGUGAUCUUGGAGUUCGGGAAUGGCUUGCCAUCACAUUGAAUACUGGUUAAAAGCUGGAUAUUGUGCAAUACGAUGU